AAACUAUCAUCAUCAGUGUCAUCAUCAUCGAUUGCGAUUCUGAUUCUGAUUCUGAUUACCAUACUGAGUCUCAGCAUUCUAGUAGGAAAGAUGAGUUUGAUAUCUUCAUUAAUCUCAAUCUUACCAUUCGAUUUGAUUUCACCUUCUCAUGAAUUCCAAUCAAUCUCUCAACAAAAACAAUUCGAAAGACAUUCCAAACUCAUUCAACCUUUAAAUUCAAAUCAAUAUCAUAACUUUUUCAAUUCAUUCACCACCUUUGAAAGAACAAUCUUAAGCACUCCUUCAAACCUAAUCGUUCAACAUAUCUCUCAACGUCGUCCUCAGUGGAAUUCAACUAAUGUUUUAAAAGCUUUCAUUAAAUCUGCCAUCAGAUCUCAUGUGGAAACUAAUUGUUUGACAGAAAUCAUGUUUGAAUCUGCUUUAGAUCAAGCCAGUAAACUAGAUGAAGAAUUUGAAAGAACUGGAAUCAUUAAAGGUAGAUUACAUGGUAUACCAAUCAGUUUAAAAGAUCAAAUCGAUCUUCAAGGAUUAGAUUCAAGUAUUGGCUUUAGUAGGUAUAUUAAUCAACCUGCCAAUCGAAAUGCUGAUUUGGUACAACAUUUAAUUAAUGAAGGCGCUAUUAUCUUUGUCAAAACUAAUGUACCUCAAACUAUGCUAGCAUUCGAAUGCUCAAAUCCAAUCUUUGGUACUACUCAAAAUCCUCAUAAAAAAGGGUUUACAUGUGGUGGGAGUUCAGGUGGUGAAGCUGCUUUACUUGCUUCUGAUGGUUCUUGUAUUGGAAUAGGUUCUGAUAUAGGUGGUAGCUUAAGAAUUCCUGCUCAUUAUAGUGGAUGUUAUAGUCUUAAACCAUGUGCAGGUCGGAUUCCACAAACUGGUUUACGUGCUGCUAAUCCUGGUUUUAAUGAAAUCUCAUCAGUUGUGGGUCCUAUGGCAAGAUGUGUAGAUGAUUUAAUCUUAGCUAUGGAAGUUAUGAUCGAUACACCUGAAGAUCUUAAACGAAAACUUGAUUUAAUUCCACUUCAAUUUCGAUCUGAUCGAUUACUUCGUUAUCAAUCAUUAGAAACACCUACAUCUGAUUCUGAAUCAAGUCCUAGAAAACUUAAAUUAGGAUUUUUUGUUGAUGAUAAACUUAUCAAAGCUAGUCCGCCUUGUCAGCGUGCAGUACUUGAAACAGUAGAACGUCUUAGAGAUCGCGGACAUGAAUGUGUACCUAUCAAUGUUGAUCGUAUAGAUGUCUUCCAGGCUCUUGAAUUGUUUGUUGCCUUGAGUAGCGCAGAUGGGUAUCAUACCAUGUUGUCUAAGCUCGGACCAGAUCCAUGUGAACCUGCGAUGUUUUUGACGACCUUAGGACCACGUCUUCCUUCAUUCGUCCGAUUUGUUUUGGUUACUUUUUGUAGAUAUGUAUUGGGUCAAACUGAAAUAGCUAGAUUGGUUAAUGCUAGUAGAAUCAAAUCAGCCAAAGAGAUGCAAGAGUGGAGAGUGAUGAAAAAAGCUUAUGAGGAGAAAGUACGAAAAUAUUUAUGGGAGGAUGAAAAAUUGGAUGGAGUUCUUUGCCCUACACAAGCUUAUCCAGCUGUACCAAUUGGAUCAACUUGGAACAAAGCAAUGCUAGCGGUCUCUACUUUAUUAUGGAAUGUAGUAGAUUCCACGGUAGGACAAAUGCCAAUCACCAAAGUGAGUUUAGAAAAAGAUCAAAUGAAUUCCACCAACACCACCACCGUCGCCGACGAAGACGAAGACGAGAAUCACGAAACCAAAAGAGAAUCAAGUUUAUUAGAAACCAAACUUGAUCAAAGUUUAUAUGAUGUGAAUCAAAUGAAAGGUUUACCGAUUGGAAUUCAAAUCGUUGGAGCUAAAUGGGAAGAAGAAUCGGUUUUAGGUAUCAUGAAAUUGAUUGAAGAGAGUUGGAAUGAUGAUGAAAAACAAGUGAGACCAGGUAGUUUUUUAAAUCAAAUCGAAACACAAUCUGAUCAUCAUCCAAAAUCUUGGUAGUCUUAUAUAAUAAUAUAGUUAGUACACUUUUAUGUGAAUAGAUUUGUUGUAUAUAUAGUAUGUAGUGCAUCGAAUCAUUGAAUAUUUCCGUUGAGCAUAGGCAUCUUACAUAUUACAUUUUAUUUUUUUCUAGUUAACUGAUAUUAGCAUAGAUCAUGAAUCACCAUUAAUGAAUAUUUAUCAAAUUUGAAUGCAUC